AUGGCAAGAAAGACGGAUUAUUAUCUCUCUCAGUGCGCUAUUGCUGCCAGCAAGGUGAGAGGCAAAGUCAUAUCAACGGGUUAUAAUCAUCAUCGCACGCACUAUGACGGAAAUGACAUUUUGAAGCACGGUCAUCGCAAGCCCACUUCCAUGCACGCGGAAAUGCAUGCCAUCUUCAGCUUGACUGGCAUGUCUCCUUCAUUUAAGCAGCAAGUUCAACUCUCGCUGCGACGUACCGCUGCAGCCAAAAGAAGGCCGCGGUUUGAAACACGUCCCACACAACAAGCUGGACGUAACUCACCCACACGGCGGCGCUCUUCCCUUCGGAGCUCUGACUCUUGUUGCGCGAUUGAUGCUGAAUUGUCUCCGCCUUGCGACAUGCUGUUUGUAGAGCCACCGAGAGGGUGGAAUGCACGCCGCAGGGACUCAAAGGUAAACGGUGCAGAUAUCUACGUUGCGCGCGUCAUCAAAAAUGGCUUGGGUGCCGCAAAACCUUGUUGGCGAUGCAUACACUGGUGUUGGUGGUUUGGUGUGAAGAGGAUAUUUCAUUGGAAUCCUGUCGUCGGAGAUUUCGAGGUGUUGAAGGUGAAUGAAGGUUAUAGAGAUCACUACGAGACGCAAACCGAUGUACGACUUUUCGCGCGUUUGAAACUACUGAAUGAAUAG